UAGCACCUCUUGGCCUCAGCUUUUCCAAUUCAAAUUUCAGCCCACAGAAGCUUUCACCAGACCCUAUCCUAGCAGCUGGUUUUGCUUACUUUCCUGCUUAGAUCAGUUUAGCCUUCAUUUAUAUUGGGUUACUGCCAUAAAGAUUUCCCUAUUUGCAGCGGCUACGGUCCGGUCUUAUUCUUACAAUAACUCACGCAUUGAAUGAAGCAAGCUCGGUUUUGCAUCUAACCAAUGUAGAACUAGCUGGAACGACCGAGAGAUAAUGACUCCUGCCAGAUUAAGCCCGCUGAUUGAAGUUUUGAUUAGAAUAAGUGGGAGGUUUGGCUUAUUGGAGGGUGCGUUGAGAUCUAAAGAGGUUGCUUCUUUGUGGGUUUUGGCUACACUAGAAGGUUUGGGAAUUGGAGCUUUGAUUGGAGUCACUAAGAGAGUUCUUCUUUCUGCAUUUACCUGCAUUCUUGCAAUAGGAGGAGCUAUAGCGGGAGCAAUUCAUGGCGCCAUCAAAGGCCAGACGACAGAAACUGGGUUUUCUAUUGGAGCCGGAAUAGGUGGUUUGGCAGGGGCUAUUGCUGCCAUUCAAUUGAUGGAUUUGAUAGUUGAUGGGCAGCCAUUGUCUAAGGUUGCUCUCUUAGGUGGGAUGGUGAAUGGGAAGGUGUUUACGGAGUGGAUGAGCUCCGCAUUGCUAAAAGCCUAUCAUUGGCAAGUUAGCACGCUGGAGACUUACAGAGAGAUUUCUGAACUCUAUGACAUCACUAGAGUUAAGGGAUUAUCCCAAGAUUGCAUUCAAAAUCUCCCUCAAAGUAUGUUUUGUUCUAGCAAUAUCAUUGAGUCUUCCGAUGAGUUUUGCUGCUCCAUUUGCUUACAGGAAUUAGAGGAUGGAGACUAUACAAGAGAACUUCCCAUCUGUAGGCACUUGUUUCACUUGGCCUGCAUAGACCUAUGGCUAAGGCGACAAGGCUCUUGUCCUAUGUGUAGAGUCCAUGUCAGUGACGGGCAAGAUCAUGAAAGGAAGUGAAUAUUUCUAGCAGUUCUGCACAACACGAAGAGCUCUGUACAUGUACCUAAGUAAGACUUCUGGUUAUCCAACCCGGAGCUUCAACCAGGAGUCAUAAUAAGUCAUCAUCCUACGACAGAAUGUAAUCCGACAAUCAAAGCAUUCUUAUGAAAGAACAGUUAACUCAGAAAUCAUUAAAUCAUCUCAGUGUGAACAAACAGUUGACGAAACCAACAUUUUCAUUUAAACUCUGAUUAUAAUCAAAUGAUCAUGAAAAGAUAUGUCAAUGAACUAUCAUUAAAUGCUUCAAAAACCCAGUU